AUGCUCACCCAGAGCCGGCGGUCUGGCGAGCAGCUCGCGCGCCAGGUUGGCGCCGAGCGUGCUCGCCUCGCGCGCGUGUCCGUGCGCGUGGAGGCCCUCCGCGCGCGCGAACGACACCUCCCAGCCGCAGCCCCAGUCCACGCCCGCGCUCGCCCCGCUCGACGGCUGCGGGACGCGCAACCAACGUAUUUAAAAUGG